AGUUAGUUCACAUCUUGUUUUCAGAAUGAACGUUUUCAUUCGUUUUAUUAUCUUUUUGACAAUUUCUUACACAGUCUGCGUUUGUGAUUAUAACUUCACGGUUCAGUUCAAGAAACGACAUAUCAAGGAGAUCGAUGUUCUCCGUCAACUCAUUAACCAGGAAACUCUUAUUCGGUUAUCCUUGGCCAAGGACGUACGGGCAGCAGUGGGUGACGUUAGGUAUGUGAAGAGAAGCGUGAUGUCAACCAAAAGGAUGGCAUCCAGCCUACAGCAGGCGCUAAAUAAAUUAAAAAGACACGUUGCUGCUCUAAGUCAAAAUGACACUUUAUCACAGGAGAUGGAAACAUUAAAAAAGCAGAUGGAGACUCUAAGUCAGAACAACACCUUACACCAAACGGUAGAAACAUUGAAAAAACAGGUUGCUAUACUAAGUGAAGAUGACACGUUAGCACAGAAGCUGGAGACGUUGAAAAAACAGAUCUUUUCUUUACGUCAGAACAACACUUUACAGCAAACGGUAGAAACAUUAAAAAGAGAGAUUGAUUUUCUUAAAAGUGACAGAACUUUAGUGAACUCUGUAGAAUCCCUGAAAAGAGGAUUUAAAAAUCAAAAGCAGGAGAACAGAAAAAAAUUAGAAAAUUGUGAGAAUAGAUUUAAAGAAAUUAAUAAGAAAAUUACAGUUUUAAAUGGAAAUAUAACCGAUAUCUAUUAUCAUCUUAACAGGACAGAAGAGCAAACAUUGGAGAAAGGUUUAAAACUGAAAAAGGAUUGUAAAGAUCACUAUUUACUGGGACACACACGGUCUGGGGUAUAUGAGAUAAAUCCCUUUGGUAACGAGAACAAGGUCCUUGUGUACUGUGACAUGGUGACUGAUGGAGGAGGGUGGACAGCAAUCCAGAAGCGGGUGAGUGGAUCUGUAAGUUUUAAAAAAACGUGGGCUGAAUACAAAAAAGGAUUUGGGAAUCCUAAAGAUUCAUACUGGAUUGGAAAUGAAGUAAUUCACAGACUGACCAAGGGAAAUAAAGCAUCCCUGUACGUCUCUAUUACAUUAACAAAUGGUCAAACUCUGAAUGAACGAUAUCAGCAGUUCUCUAUUUCCGAUGAAUCAGACAAAUACAGACUCUUUCUUGGAGGAACAGCUACCGGAACUCUGGGUGACACGAUGCGUAAACCACCAGCGGGUUCGACGGCUGUUCUGUCUGGGAUGUAUUUCUCCACCCCAGACAGAGACAAUGAUAAUGCUAGUGCGAGAUCUUACUGUGCUGAACAUUGGGGAGGAGGCUGGUGGUUUAACGCCUGUCAUAAUGCUUAUCUCAACGGUCUCUGGAAUUCACAAGAAUGGCCUGACCCUUGGGAGCCAUGAGUUACAUUGGGGACAUCUGUGAAGGAGACAAUGAUGAUGAUUAAGCCUCAUUAAGUUAUUUCUGUUUUUUGUAUCAAAUCAAUAACAAAAUGUAAGGGAAAAUUACAAAUACGCAAAUAUAACAACCUUUUGUCCAUUCUAAGAUUUGAUUAUUAUAUUAAA